AUGGGUUGCGUUGCGAGUAUAAAGAGAGUUCACGUACUAAAUCCAACGACAGGAACGUAUUUUGACGGAUGCCCUGAACGGAACAAUGAGACGGUGCUAGCUGCCUUAGUCCGAAUAGAUGAAGAGAUAUUUAGCAGCGAGAAGUCAUACCCAGUGGAACGACUCGCCGUGGUGUCUGCAGAGACGGAUAUCAUACAGGAGGAAAUUAAUAUAUUCGCAGAAACUACAAGAAUUAAAAAGAGGGGUGUCGAUUCUUAUGGGAAAACUCUUCACGAAAUGUUCGUUAGCUUAGAUCUUUACAGACGUCCGAUUUUGGCAAUAGAAAAUGAAGACUUCGUAGCGAAUGUGAACAGAAAAGAAAUGCGCCAAAUUGAGCUUAACUGGUUACACACUCGGCACGAAGACCUUCAGAAUGAGAAAAGAAUACUGCAUGCACGGAUACUGCGAAUAAGGUCAUUGAAUGGAGUGAUGCAACAGUUACUUGAUAACAUUUCCAGUGAUAGACCGGACACACCGCUUGAGGAAGCACUGAAACGAGCGCGUGCGUUAUGUCACGCACUUGCGUCUGUAAGUGUGCGGUUGCAAGCCGCUGUCAAUUAUGCACAUGCAGCCGCAAGAACUAUGGACGAAGCAUUGCCUUCUUGGAAGUUGUUGUCCCUAGGGAAAAACGGCUGGGAACGUACAGCGGCUUGUGCAGAUGCUUGCCGCCUGCUGGUUCGGGCGCGGUGUUUAGAGAGGGCCGCUCGCCGUGUACUGUCCGCCUCCGCCGCUCCACGUGCCGCGCGCUCUCUCCGACUUGCGCUAGACUACGCGUUUACUGAUGCCUUGCACGAUCAUAAGUACCAAAAGGCGACAGAAACCUUAGUCCAGUUUAAGGAGGCUCUCUCGCUGUUGAUUAAUUGUAUUCACCAGGUACUUUUGAAUAACAUGGACCAUUUGGCGGCGGCUGAGAAAGACGUGCAAAUAAAGCGGAAAAAUCUCCGGAUGGCAAGAGUUGAUGAGAUUGUAAAGAAAGGUUUAGCUGAUUUAACUUUUGACUUAAAAUUACUUAAGAGCUUGCACACAAAGAAAUAA